AAAAUUCAUUCCCCAAAGACGAUCAUCAUGACCGUUGAACCGUGCCUCGCUCCAAUUGUUCCACCCGAAAUAUUCAUAAAUAUUUGUCAAGACUUACCUCCUGCUGACUUGCUUUCUCUCGCUCGUGUUUGUAAAAAAUUCUAUGGAUACCUUAGUUCAACUUAUUCGACCACUACUCAAGAAAUUUGGAGAAAUUCAAGAAUAAAAUUCAUUCCACAAAUCGAAAUGUCUCCACCUGAAGGAAUGGAUGAAAGACAAUACGCAAAAUUAUUAUUUGAACGCGGAUGUCAAUUUUGUGGAAAAUCCAGAGUAAGAAGAGUUUAUUGGGCUUUUCUAGUAAGAUGUUAUCAAAUCCGUCGUGAUCUUCUUUCUCAAAAUUCAAUUCCUGAUGAUAUCCUUAGUGGUCUUACUCACACUACCAGUUAUUAUAAAUGGGGUUGGGAUCGCAGUCCAAAAAAUCGUCCUGCCAACCUCUAUUGGAUUGAAGAUGUUCACAAGUCAUAUUCUGAAUACAUCCAACUUCCUAUCGAAGCUCGAAAAGCUUGGCUCAUUUCAAAACGUAAGGAAG